AUGCACCAGACUGGAGAAUUGGUAGACGGUUGGUUGGGAUAUGAAUGGACGCCUGAGGUCGAGCAGGCUUAUAUGUCACAGAACACCAUCAUUGUUGGUGGACCGGAAUAUGAUUAUGAUGAGUCAGAGCUCUACAAUGAUGAGGAAUCUUGGAAUGAAGGAGAGGAAAUUCAACAGGAAUUGAGAUACAAUGACACUUACACAAUCACUCAAGGAAGGGAAAUGACACAGGAAGAAGAAUAUGCCACUUUAGCAGGAGGGGAGAUACCUAAAACUGACAGGGAAGGAAGGAGGUUGGCUAGAAUUGCUCAUGAUCUCGAAAACUCUAAUCGGAGACUGGUAACAACACGCAAGAGAAAGUCAAAGUCCACUGCUGCACAAGGAAGUCAGACAGCAAGGACCACAGUCUCUACCUCUGAUGCGCAAGGGGGACCGUCCACCCUGACCGGCAUGGAACAUGUAGAUGAAUCCAGCUCUACACAAGUUGCUCCCACUACCAAGCCCGUUGUUACUAGGGCGUCAGACAGUCACAAGUUCUGGGACACCCUCAACCGCGAACAGUGA